AUGUUCUCAGCCAAGAAUAAACUCAUACACAAGCCGGAGGACAUCGAGAGAAGCGAUAUAAAAAGGCCGAGGAUCCUAGGCGUCCAGGAACCAGGGGAGGAAGCGGCCGGCGAGUUGGUUCCUUGGGGCGGCGGGGGGCUGCAGGGGCUCCCAGCAAUGAGCUUGCAGUGCUCCGAGUGCAAGGGCAACAUAUGCGACAACAGGGCUGGGGAAAACCUAUCCUUCUGCGUCGAUGGGACGUCCGUUCACCUGGUGAUGGGGGCGAGCAAGGAGGGCCGUGAGGGUAUCGGGUUCAGGAUCAAGGAAGUGCCGGCACACAAGCAGCCGAACGAAAAAAACCCCUACAGAUCGGUGGCGUACGUCCUCUGCGCGAACAGGCGCCCAGAAAACGGCCAGCAAUGCAACAAGAAGGUCGGAGGGGUCAAGUGCUACCCUCCCCUCUCGGACAACCAGCUCAUCUUCUUCCAGCAGAAGGCCCUCCUCGUCGACCACCAGCACCCCAAGAGCUGGAAGAACGUCCGCGAGAGCAGCCUCCGCAAGGUUAAGCUCCUCCCCGCUGGCAAGGAAGAAGAGGAAAGGCAGUUCACGCCACGCCAGUGGCCAACGUUGAGGAAGAGUCUCGCGGGGAGCAAUGAUCCUGGCCACGGCGGCGGUGGCAUGGACCUGACGAGGAGCACCCCCCGCGGGUACCAGGAGGAGCUGUUCGACGCCGUGAUGGAGUGCGAGCGCAACUCGUUGGUCUACCUGCCGACCGGCCUGGGAAAGACGCUGGUGGCGGCGAUGGUUCUCAAGCAGAUGCUGGACUGGAACCCGGAGAGGCAGGCAUAUUUCUUGGUGGAGACCACCGCCCUGGCAAUGCAACAGACGACCCGACUGCAAAACGAGCUAGGAGGAACGGUGAAAAAGAUCGAGAUGCUCGUGGACUCGUCGUUGCAGGCUUUCGGCGGGAAACGAGGCAAGAUCGACCAUGGGCUGGUCAAGCUAGAGUGCGUCCGCGACGCUAACAUCGUGGUGGCUACCGCCGGAGCGUUCGAGCACUGCAUGUGCAAGCGCUACAUCGACCCGGACGCGAUUUGCUGCGUGGUGCUAGACGAGGCACACCACUGCGGCAAGGGGCACCCUUUCAACAGGGUGGCCAGGUCUUUCCUGACCAUGAAGGCCUUCCCGUCAGUGCAGGCGACGCCCGACCGUGCCAAAGAGUUCCCGAAGGUGCACAUGUACUGUGCGUCUCCUGCGGGCGAGUUGAGCGUGCAUGACACCACCGUUAGGAUCAACCAGCUGCUCGAUAGGCUCGAGGCGGACCUAGCAGCGCCCGUGCAACAUCUUCAGGAGGUGAAGAGUCUCACACCCUCCGUGGACCUGGAGCUCGUGAACGUGACCGCCACCGCUUCGGAGACGUCCCUCCUGGGCUGCCUCGAGAAGCUGGUGCUCUCGCGCUUGGUAGGGCUCGCCCCCGAGGCCUCCGAAGCACACGCUCAGGCGCAGAGCCUCCUCGACAGCCUGGGCGGUAGGAUGAGGGACGCCGCUGCCGCAACCACGGCUAUCGCCACCGCCGGAGCCGACGUGCCGCGCAGGGACGACGCGUGGGUGUUCCCGAACAAGUUCUUCACGGCGCUGUGCCAGCGCGCGCUGUCUGCGGGCGGCGCGGAGCAGAGAGAGGACUGGUGGGAGUCCGACGGUACUGUCAUGGACGAGGGCGGCGGCGGGGGGGGAGGGAACGAUGAGGCCUCCCAGCUGCACAGCCUGAUGAACUUGUCGUUCGCGGUGGACGAGAUCGGCGGCGAGGCCAUUUGGCAGAGAGCGCUGGAAGAGCUCGACAACGGGAGGAGCAGCGGCAGCAGCAGCAGUAGCGGAGAGGGGAACGACUUUAGCGACCCGGAGCUCGAGGAGACUAUCGGCGUGCUCAAGGAAAACCUCUCGGCCGUAGCGACGGUGUCAGGCUCGGACGGCGGGAGCGCAGCAGCCUCGGGGGGCGAUACGGUCAGGAGGGCCGACGGAUCCAAGCUCGCGAAGAUUGCUUGGCUGCUGGAGGAGCACAAGCGCGCUUGCGACGCUUCGGGCAAGAGAUUUUCGGCGCUGGUGUUCGUGUCCAGGCGAGAGCUGGCGCUGGCUACCCCGGCCAUGCUGGAGGAGGCCAAGCCGUUCGUGAAGGCGCAGUCCAUCGUCGGGCUGUCGGAGAUGACCCUGAACCAGCAGCGCCGCGCGCUCGCCCCUUUCCAGAACGGUCUGAAGAACGUUCUGGUGUCGACUUCUGCGUGCGGGGACGGGAUCGACGUGCCGGCCUGCGCGCUGGUGGUGUGCGCAAGCCUCCCCAGCAGCGGGACGGAGCUUGUUCAGCUGCGGAGUCGCAUUCGCAGCAAGGAGAAGGAAUGCAGGUUCGUCGGUCUCACAAGGACCGCAGGAGCCGCCGAUAAGGCCUACGUCAAGAGCAUCUGCUUGCGCGAGCAAAUCAUGAUGGAGGCGAUCCGAUCCCUCUCUGGCGGCGGUAACAGUGGUAGUGACGUCUUUCGUGCCAAGGCCGGGAGCAAGCUUGAAGGCGGCGAUAGCAGCUCAACAACUUCCGGCCGCGGCGACAUAGACCGUGAUCCAAGCAGCAGCAGCAGCAGCAGCAGCAGCAGCAGCAGCAGCAGCAGCAGCAUUAGCAAGGCGGCGAUAGCACAAACCCCGUCAACCGGUGCAGCGAGCAACAGGGCAAAGCGACACGCCGCACGGGCAGGCACCGGCGGCGGCGGCAGCACUAAUAGAAUCAACAGGAGCACCCCGAUAUCGCCGAACUCCGACGCGACAGCGGAGACGUCUUUCUCGGAAACGUCCUCCAUCGCGACGAGCGCAUCGACCGUCUCCGGAGGGGGCGGCGGAAUCGUUCUCGAUGGGGCGGCGGCGACGGCAUCCUUGGGGGGAGCUCCGCGGACCGGAGUCCACGGUGUGUGUCCUCCGGUCAACGUUCCAACAUCUUCGGGCGCCGCGGCAUCGCCAUCGCAAACGCUAACCAGCGCGCAGAAUAGAGCUGCCCAGGCGUCCCCGGGGGCCCCGUCGCCAACGACCGUAGCUCCCAGCGACCCCCACCCCCCCGGGAAAGAGCAUGCGCCUGCCGACGAGGUUUCCGCACCCACCGCGAAGGGGAAGGAGGGAGGCGGGGGUGGAGUCGCACCAGAGGCGGCGGCGGCGCCGGCCCCGGACGACAACCCGUGGAAGGUCAGCCUGCCGGUGACUCUGAACCCGGCGGCGAAAAGAUACGCGGCCACGUACCUCGCGACGUGCGUGCGGCAGGCGCUACAGAGGAACCCGGACCAGAUGGCCAGGUGGGGUUUGUAUUGUAGCAUUUUUGAGUGUGGCGGCGGCCGGUGCACGCUCAACUCCGCCGCCCAGCUGGCGCAGACGAUCAAGCCUGUAUUCGAGUACGACGAGAGGAAGGUGAAAGGGUCGGGCGUCAACACGUGCUUCUUCGAGGCUAGGUGCAUCGUUACCUCCCGCCUUGAAGAGCUCGCCGGCCUCAUCCUCGUCAAGGAGGCCAAGGGCAGCUCCAUCAAGGCCGCCAGGGAGGGAGCCGCCGUCAAGGUCCGGCAGUACCUGCUCUCCAAGGACUUGUCCAAGGUGCAGCCGCUCGCCUCCGGCCCGUAGAGGCAGGCGGUAGCGGUGGUGGGGAUAAUGUUUCGUGGCGUAUUGUUAGGGGUGUGAUGAUGCUGAGGGCGGUGCGAUUAUGUCGUAACGGUUGUGUCUUCCCCAGUAGUAUGCGGGGUGCGCUGAUGACGGCAGGUGUAUGUGUGCUCGUGUGAACUAUUGGACGAUCAUAGGUAACAGUACCAUAAUGAAGUCCAGUUGUCCUUGAGGGACCGUGUGGCGGUGACGUCGAGGUUGGGUGAAUUCCGCCGGACGCUGGACUUGUCCUCGUGGCUUCCUGUGCAUACGCUCUUCUUUUUUUUUUCUCUUUUUUUCUGUUUGUGUGUUCUUGCUUGUUGCUGCUUCUUUUUUGGAGUAAGGCGUGGCCGGACGGGUGGUUGGAGCUAAGACUCUGGGGGCUAUCCAGUGUUCGAUGACUCUUUCUCGGUCAUGCCAAAUGUGUCUUGGCGUUACAGUGUCCUCGUCCUGUUGUGCUGGUACAUGGAUGGAUAAAAAUUACGGGGGUCUGCCAACCACGGUAAAAAAUAUUUCUAUUCUGAAUCCAAGAUAUUAGUAGGACAUUUUUGAUAACGAACGUUCGGCUUGCGGAGUCCCAGCUUUGAUUAUCUAUAGUCUACCAGUAGAGGGCAUGUUGGCGCGACGGCGACACGCGCGUGGGCACGUCCACAUCUGCUGCUGGGGGCGUGCUGUGGAAGGCUGCAGUUGCGGUCCGAAGAGUCGGCAAACCUGGGUCCUUAUCAUUCACUCACGACGGUUCACUUUGCAGUACACCAUUCCCGAGUUGCUUGUCUAGUCUAGACUACUGGGGGCUGAUUGGUCUGUUACGGCGCGUACUGCAGUGGAUCGUGAAUGGUAUUGAAGUAGAUUUGCGGGUUUUCCGUACCGUAGCUGCAGCCUUCGACAGCACGGCCCCAGCAACAGAUCCGGGCGUACCAACGCGCAAGUCUCUGCUCCAUGACGUCCUCUACUGGUAAAAGAUGUUCAGGUUGGGACUCCACAGGCCUUGUAAUUUUGAGCACCCGCCGUAUCGUUUUCUUUCUCUUUUUUUUCAGACUAGAGGAGUUUUUUUCUUGGUUUGAGAGAAGGUGUCUCGUGUGGCGUUACUCGUGUGGCAUUGCUGGAUGUUUCCUCGGUCGUUUGCGAAAAAGUCAUGAUCGAGAUCGAUUGGCGAGAAUCCUUUGAUUGGUCGGCGGGUACUUACUAUGCUUUCUUACGCGGGUGACGGACACUAGGUUUCCGUGUGCGAUCGACGCCUGUAGCCUAGGAGCACCGAAGCAGCGCCGUCGAUCGGUUUGCGGCGGACUAUCCGGCAGCUAUGUUUUUACCACGCUUGCUUCCAAAUACCGGCAAGAAGUGAAGAAUGAAAGUUACGUCUUGGGUCAGAUUGCCCACCCGGAAGUGGUAGUGAAGAGAGUGGACAUGCUUACAAUAGCCCGUGAAAGCUCCGAUUGCGGGAAAUGUGUCAACCUGCACACAUUUUACCUGCACAUGGGGAGUCCUGCACACAUGCCUGCAUACGGAGAGUACUCUUUCGCUGAAGGAUGCAGCGCGGGGAGCGGAAGGGGCGGACGGCGGGACGGAUGUGCUUCUUUGUGGCCAACUCAGCUUUGAGUUCCCGGUAGGUGCACGGUGGAUGUUGGAGAAAGGGGAACGGGUUCACGUCUUCGAUGCCGCGUUGAUUGAUGGUUUGUGCAUCCCACCAGUUCUUGCUUGGUCUGUGUGAGUGCGAUGAUUUACAUGUUCACACCCCAUGAUCAUCUUCGCGAAUCGGCGAGGUUUGCCUGUUUUGGGUUCGUUCACAAGUGUAUGGUGCCGUCAAUGAAAAUGUUCAGGAUCCCUCCCCUUCCCCCACCCCCCUCGGACGUGCACGCGCAAUCACGCUCGCACGCACAAGUCGGGGCUCCCUUAGAUUUUGUGCGCCAUGAUUCAUGCAAAUGAUCUAUCCGCAUCAUCCAUUGAGUCAGGUUUCAUUGUAGAUUGAGGACGGUGCCACGUAGUCUUGCUAUGGUGCGAAAAUGGGUUACGGUUGAUUUCUUAUUGCAUUUUUGUCUCUGCGCUCGUUUCUCGGGUGUCCCCGUCUCCGUAGAUAGAUACAAAAAGAACAGUCGUGAGGAGGCGGUUUCGGUGUUGUAUCAGCCAGCCGUAGGCGCGUUGGGGCUGCCCGUGUUGCUGCUGGUCCCUGUGGAAAGUUAUUUUUUAUUUUUUUCUUAUCGAUUUAUCUGCAAAUAACCGGAAAAUCUUGUUCACUUUUUCCUGGGGUGGGCUUUUGUCAGACCACAAUUAUUAUUAUGAGACCGGAUUUCGACAGCUCUCGCGAUUCCCCACGUGGAAUUUUUUUCCGAUUUCGAUUUCAGCGAAAAUUGACGAAGUUAUCGCCGAAAAACUGGAUUAGAGAGACCAUUUUGUUCACUUUUUCCCUCCGACAUUCAACCAUAGAGCUUCAAAAAGACCACGGCAAUCGAUUCCU